AUGUCUUCAUUGCUGCCUACACCGCUACCUUUUUGGCCAAAGAACACCCCGAAGCCCUCAAAUGGCUCAUGGUUGCAAUGGAGGAAGACAUUUGAGGAUUAUAUUGAACUACCCCCGAUUUUGUCACCCACGAUUGUACUAGACGUCCCAUCUAAGUUGAAACUCCUCCGGACGAAUCCCGGAGAUUUGGGACAACGAUAUUUCGAUGCCCUCAAUCUACAAAAGGCUAUAGAUCUCCAGACAGCCUUCUCAAAACUCGAGUCAGCAUGGGGAGGAAAGGACAACGUCUUUCUCAGUCGCUAUCGGUUUUUUCAAAUGCGUCAAGAGUCCAAUCAAUGUGUCAGUGACUUUAUUACUAAUCUGACUCUGGCCAUUCAGGACUUUGGGUAUAAAGAGAUCAAGGCAGACAACUUCGAGCACGCAAUGCUCGUUCAGCAGUUGAUCGUCGGUCUGCGCGAUGAAAAAGCUCGGGAAAAUCUCUUAUCAGAGAAGGUCUUGUCAUGGGAGAAAGCCUGUGAUAUUGCCAGUCAUCAGGAGCGCGUGCGGCAAAACCUUCAGCAGCUGAAUCAGUCAAACGAUGGAGUGAUAGCAUCCUUGGAAUCGGAAAUGGCUGUCUCCCUGGUCAACACUGCUGUGUCUUCACUUAGACAGCGAUCCUCAGCUCCCUCAAAACAACUACCAUCAUGCUACCGUUGUGGCCAGCAUCAUAUCCGGUGGUCAGACUGUAGGCACCAGAAGACGGCAUGCCAGUUUUGCAAGAAAGUCGGCCACAUCGAACGAGUGUGUUUCUCCAAAAGACGAGCAAAUAGUAACACGCAUGCGACCUACCCUAGUCCAGCUGAGGAUGGUGAGGCGAUACUCAGAAUGUUUUCGGCCAACGCUACUCUCCAAUCCCCCUACACCAUCACGCUUCCGGUUGAUCACCAUCCCGUGAAGUUUGAAAUCGACACUGUCUCAGCUGUUACUCUCAUCAAUGAGGCCUCUCUUCAGAAAUUAUCCUCCCUCCUACCGGCUAGCUCAACAUUCCGUAGUUACACUGGACAGAACAUAGACGUUCGAGGGGUCUUUACAGCCGAAGUCGAACAUGAUGGAGAACUUCAUUACUUGCCGGUUCAUGUGGUGAGAGGAAGCCAGCAACCGAAUCUCCUUGGACGAAAUUUGAUUAAAUGUAUUCCUUCUGUGCUAUCCUAUGUACAUCGGAUUGGUGUAAAUCCGGUUUUAGAUUCAGUUUUGGUAAAUCAUAAGGAUCUAUUUCGUGACGAUUCAGCUACCCACUACCGCGGUCCACCUGUUAAGUUUCAGUUUCAGUCAGAUUUCCGGCCCCGGUUCUUCAAAGCUCGUACAGUCCCCCAUGCACUCGUACCGAAGGUCGAAGAAGAGCUGGAUCGCCUACAGAAAGCGGAUAUUAUUGAGCCUGCGCAAUAUUCGGAAUGGGCAGCCCCAAUAGUUCCUGUUCUUAAAACCGAUGGUUCUGUGCGUAUCUGUGGCGACUACAAGCUGACAAUCAACUCAGCAACUAAACUGAACCCUUAUCCUCUCCCGCGCAUCGAGGAUCUGUACGCAUCUUUCUCGGGUGGUCAUCAAUUUACAACUUUGGACCUAAAGCAUGCCUACAACCAAGUCGUCCUAGAUACGGAAUCCCGAGACGCCACCACCAUCAAUACGCAUCGGGGUUUAUUUCGAUAUAAAAGACUACCAUUUGGAGUAAGUUCGGCUCCCGGUUUAUUUCAAUGCUUGAUUGAUAAUCUCGUGAAGGAUAUACCUCACGUUUGCGCAUAUCUUGACGAUAUAUUAGUUACCGGCCCAUCUGAACAUAGUCAUCUAGAGACUCUAAGCAUCGUGCUAGGACGUUUAGAGGACGCCGGUUUUAAACUCAGGAAAGAUAAGUGCACUUUCCUUGCCACCUCGGUAGAAUACCUGGGCUUCAGGGUGGAUAAAACUGGCCUCCAUCCACUCGAACAUAAGCUCAAAGCCUUGAAGACGGCGCCGCGCCCCAACAAUACUAGUCAAUGCUGUUCAUUCCUGGGGUUGGUCACCCACUUUAGUCGCUUUAUGAAUCAAUCGGCUACAAUUCUCAAGCCUCUUUAUCGACUACUUGAAAAGAAUUGUGGCUGGCACUGGUCGGAGGUCGAACAAAGUGCUUUCGAACAGGCAAAGGCGGCUCUUACCUCCUCAUCUGUCCUAGUUCACUAUGACCCCGAAAAGCCUAUCAUACUGAAAUGCGAUGCGUCUCCGUACGGUGAAGGUGCGGUUCUCAUGCAUCGAGUGCCCUCGGGUUCGGAGAUGCCGAUUGCUUUUGCAUCAAGAACCAUGUCACAAGCGGAAACCAACUAUUCGCAACUAGACAAAGAGGCCUUAGCAAUAAUGUUUGGCCUACAUCGGUUCCACCUGUAUCUUUUUGGCCGACACUUUUAA